AUGUCGAAUUUGGUUGUAUUUUCAUUUUUGCUUCUCAUAAGCAACUCAAAAUUUAUCCAAGUGAGUCCAACUGGAUCAAUUACAACACUCAAGUCGGCGUGUUCUUUUGCACUUCCAGGUGACACAAUCGAGUUUUUGACAGGCAACUAUCCUCCUCAAAAUGUUCCUCAAAACACGUCUGGCACACCCACAAACCCAAUUAUAAUUCGUCCUUCACUCAACGCCAAACUCGUUUUUGAAACAUUAAUUGGCGCUUACAACGUGUUCAGUAUUUUCAACUCGUCAAAUAUACAAGUGAUUGGCCCAUUCAUUGUUCGUAAUGGGUAUCAUCGCUCUGUGGUUGUUGAAAAUUCAACAAAUAUUACAAUCAGUAACUUAAAAAUAUUCAACUCGACGAGUUGGGCAGUGUAUGCUACGGGUGUCAACAUCACUGUUAAAGACUCUUUGGCUGAUGGGUGUGUGUUGGACAACUUGAACUGCCGUAAAAACAGUUGGGGCCAAUGCUUUUCAACUUAUGCGAUUGAUCCAUACAUUCCCACUUUAUCACAAAACAUCAAUUAUAUAAACAACGAAAUUGUGAAUUCGUACGGCGAGGCAAUUGAUAUCAUUCUCUGCACAGACUGUGUCGUCAAAAACAACUUCAUCCACGACGUCUUUCCAAUUGCAAUAUACACAGACAACGCCAGAAAUCUUGUAUUUGCAAACAAUGUCAUCACAUUCACCAAUCAUUCAAUAUGCACCAACAACUCUCAAUACCACGCUAUCGCAAUUGGUGUUGAGACGUGGCCAAUCAAGUGUGUGUCCACAACCAACAUCACUAUAACUAACAACUUCAUUUAUGGAGCAUCAAAUGGGGUAUCAUAUUGGGGUCAAAGUGAAACAUGUGGGUAUUACAGUGAUAUUACUGUGUCAAACAAUGUGUUCUAUAACAUCACUGGUGCUGCAAUCGCUUUUCAUCAAGACUGCCUUGUCAAAGGAAAGACGUACAACAAUCAGUUCAAAAACAACUUCGUCUUUUCGACAUAUCAAUGGGAGGCUGCACUGGUCAACAAGAACAUGAGUAACACUUGGAACAUUUCAGCUAACAUUUAUUUUAAAGGAAAUAAAAACAUUUUGAAGGACACAUGGAAUGGCACUGAUGGGAAAAACACUCGUUGUACUUUGGAGAUAACAACACAACUCCAAACGACUUCUGGAAAGGCGGAGCAUUUCAAAAUUGCUCAAAUAAAGCGUAUGAAAGUGCUGAUAUCAAAACUUACUGUUUUGUGCCACAUAACAAUUCGGCGUUGUAUCAUUAUGGCGUCGACGUGA